AUGGGGAUGAAAGCUGGAUUCUUUUGGUUAGGGUUCUUAUUGGCAUGUAUUCUUGCCUCAACAUCUGCUGAUGAGACGUUAAACCUGUGGCCAAUGCCAGUAUCAGUCAACCAUGGUUUGCAGACUCACUGUCUGAGAAAGAAUUUUGCACUGAAAACAGAAGGAAGCAAGUAUGCUGAUGGAUCUGGGAUACUGAAAGAUGGGUUCUCAAGAUUGCUUGACGUUAUUGAUGUUAGUCGUGCUGCAGACAAGCUGACCAAUUUCAACAAUUUUCCAAUGCUCCUGGGCUUGCAUGUGAUCAUUUCCUCGUCUAGUGAUGAGUUACAAUAUGGUGUUGAUGAGUCCUACAAGUUAUCAGUGCCAGGAAAUGGAAAUCCAAAUUAUGCACAACUUGAGGCACAGACAGUUUAUGGUGCUUUACAUGGACUGCAGACUUUUAGCCAAUUGUGCCAUUUAAAUCUUGAAACCAGAAUAAUUGAAGUCCGUCCGACUCCAUGUACCAUUGAAGAUCAGCCAAGGUUCUCUUAUCGAGGGCUUCUAAUUGAUACCUCUCGACACUAUCUGCCUUUGCGGACGAUAAAGAGUGUCAUUGAUGCUAUGGCCUACUCAAAGUUGAAUGUGCUACAUUGGCACAUUGUGGAUUCACAAUCAUUCCCCUUGGAAAUACCAUCAUUUCCAAAAUUGUGGAAUGGCGCUUAUUCAGCUUCUGAACGAUAUACUAUGGUUGAUGCAGCUGAAAUUGUGCGUUAUGCUCAAAGAAGAGGAAUCAAUGUAUUGGCUGAAUUUGAUGUACCAGGGCAUGCUAUGUCAUGGGGAAAAGGCUAUCCUUCUCUAUGGCCAUCACCUAAUUGCUCGGAGCCUCUUGAUGUUAGUAAUGAGUUCACUUUCCAAGUUAUAAAUGGAAUUCUUUCAGAUUUCAAGAGGGUAUUCAAGUUUAGAUUUGUCCACUUGGGUGGUGAUGAAGUUAAAACAGAUUGCUGGGUGACAACUCCUCGUGUAGGAAGAUGGUUAUCCAAGAAAGGGAUGAAUAAAUCUGAUGCAUACAAGUACUUUGUUUUGCAAGUACAGAAGAUAGCUUUGUCCCAUGGAUAUGAAGUUAUUAAUUGGGAGGAGACCUUCAACAACUUUGGAAAGCAAUUAAGCCCGAAGACAGUAGUGCAAAAUUGGCUUGACAAUAGUGUUCCUGAGAAAGUGGUUGCAGCUGGGCUGAGAUGCAUUAUCAGCAACCAGGACAAAUGGUAUUUGGAUCACAUGGACCAAAGUUGGAGGGAUUUUUACACGAAUGAACCACUCUCUAACAUAACAGACCCUACUCAGAAAAAAUUGGUUAUUGGAGGUGAAGUAUGCAUGUGGGGAGAGUAUGUUGAUGGGUCAGAUAUUCAGCAAACUAUCUGGCCUCGUGCUGCAGCAGCUGCAGAGAGACUUUGGACUUCCUACGAUAAGUUGGCAAAGGAUCCGGAGCAAGUUAUUGGAAGGUUGGCUCACUUCAGAUGUUUGCUGAAUCAAAGGGGAAUUGCAGCAGCUCCAUUGCUUGGAUAUGGUCGAGCUGUCCCUACUGAACCAGGUUCUUGCUAUAAACAGUAG